AUGUCGCUCUUCUCCGGGAUGAUGGUCAAGAAGCCGGGGGCUCCUGCCACGGCCUCGACGCAAUCACUUGCCCCGUCUUCGGCCGCACGGCCUUCGACUGCGCGCGCAGCCGUCGCGAGUUCUUCCGAGGGACAAGGCGUGCCCUUGUCCGCGGAACGGCUGUCGAGUGAGACACUGGGAUUCCGCCAGCACGUUCGAGAGCCUGUCAGCGCCAGGCUCGGGACCUCAGAAGACCGAGACGGCGAAAAAGGAGAGGGUGGCGGGUCUGAGGACUUGCAGAGCGCCACACUCCGUGCGCCUUCUGGACAGAACCCGGUGUCAGCUUUUUUCCCUUCGCUUCAUCGUGAAAACUGCGGCGGUGCGCGGCGUUCUUCCCCCUUUGCCUCGCCGGCGUCGUCAGGGUCUCUCCCUUCCUCCGUCUCUCCGUCGCGAUCUUCGUCUGCUGUCUCCCCGUCUCCGCAGUCUUCUGCAUUCCCUUUUCUUGUCGGGCCUCGCUUGGCGGCGCGUUCCAGAUCUGCUAGCCACGAGAGAAACCCAUCCGCGCUGUCCGACGCCCAGGCGACUCCUGUCUCGUCCUUUGUGUCUCCCGCUGCGUCUGCGGCAGCUUUCGACUUCGCGAGGCCUCCGCCCCCCAAGUCCCUCGAGAGCCUCGACUUCUCGGCUUCCGUCGAUGCCUCUGCGCCCGCAGAUCUUCCGCCACGAGUCGUCAAGAAGAAGCCGCGAAGCGUCAACGUCCCGGGGUACAUGUGCCGCCAGCAGAGCAGCGAGCUCCGGUCCUGCGGCGAGGGCGAACGAAUGGAGAGAAGAAACUCGGGCAGUUCCUCGCAUUCUUCCCUCCGCGCACCCUCGGAGCCGUCUGAACAGAUCCUCGCAACACCCGCGAAGUCGCCGGACAGCCAGUCUGUCUCUUCCCUUUCUGGUCUCGCUCGCGUCCCUCCGUCGCGCGAUCCCGCCGAGAGUCAAAGAGCAAACAGCGCAAACCGAGAGACGAGUCCGAGACUCCAAGUGCGGACGCAGGACGGAGCCGACGAAGCACCCCAGAAGCGUCUCGCUUCCAUGCCUUCACCUUCGGCCUCCUCCUCUGACGAUCGCUCUCGAUCGUCCACCUCUGUGCAAGGCGCGCCUAAGUUGGAGGUUGCAGGCUCCUGCGGCGCUCCUAAGUUGGAGGUUGCAGGCUCCUGCGGCGCGCCUAAGUUGGAGGUUGCAGGCUCCUGCGGCGCGCCUAAGUUGGAGGUUGCAGGCUCCUGCGGCGCGCCUAAGUUGGAGGUUGCAGGCUCCUGCGGCGCGCCUAAGUUGGAGGUUGCAGGCUCCUGCGGCGCGCCUAAGUUGGAGGUUGCAGGCUCCUGCGGCGCGCCUGCGUCGGUGGAUGCAGAAGGCGCGUCUUCGCCUCGUGCUUCGUUGCCUCUCUCCGCGAGGCUGAAUCCGGCGGACGAAGACGCAUCUGCCUGGUACUACGUUUGCCGCGCCGACUGCUUGCAGCAGCAGCGGGACCAGAUUCACCGUCUCGCGCGUUCCGUUGAGAUACAAAUUUCGACGUUGACCGACUUGGAAGGCCUCGAACAGGCGCAGAAAGCCUUGCAGGAAGAGCAGGAGGCGCAUGUCGUCAGAGAAGACUUUGAAGCGGCCGCCAAGGUCGACGUGGAACUGCAAAAGCUCGAGGACGCGCGCGACGAGAAAGUCCACCAACUGCUCGACUCUGGGGGCCGCGCGCAACUCUGUGCAGUGGCGGGCAACGCAGAAAUCGCCGCAAAACUCCUGGACGCCGUCUCCAAACUGCAUGCUCAGCUGCAGGAGCUCGACAGACACCGCAGACAGGAGGCUGCGCGCGCGAGGGAAGAGGCGAGAAACAAACGCGAGGAAGAAGAGCGGAAACUGAACCAGGAGGCAGCGGCCCUCCAGGAGCGGGUUCGCGACUGCGAGGAGGCGGCUCAAACUGCGGCGCGGGAACUCACGGCCUUGGCUGCUCGCGAGAAGGCGAUCGAGGAGGCGACGAACGCGGAGUUGAAUCGGCUGGACGACACCCAGGCGAACACGCAGGCGCAGAUGGAAGACCUGCGGAGGCAGCUGGCGGCUCUCGAGGCAGAGUGCGAGCGCCGGGCAGCGAAAAUCGCGGAGCUUCGCGAAGAACGGAGCCGGGUCCAGGCGGACUUUCGAAGGGAGGAGGAGGAAUUGCUCGCGGCGCAGGCACUUCUUCAUGAACACGAGAAAAGCCUGGAAAAAGAAGAAGACAAGCUGCAUCGACGUCGCGGCGCACUCGACGAGCUCGCAAGAGCCGCCGAGGAAGAAGAGCAGGCGUUCCAAGCGGCGACCUCGGCCCUGUCGGCGUCUCUCGCCUCCUUUCCGCAGAGACUUCGCUUCCUCCGAGGGCUGAAAAAGUUCCGGGAAUUCGUUCAAACCCACUUGCGAGCCUCGCUGUCCAGUGCAGCUCUGGAAGAAGCCCAGGAUCGCAUGCGCCGUCUGGGGGAAGAACGACACGAGCUCCAGGAACAUUUGCGGAAGUGGGAGGAGAGACGCCUGAAACUAAGAGGCGAGCAGCAGCAACAGCUACUUCUCCUCCCGAUUCUCGAGCAGGAGAAAGCCCUCGCUGUCUCCUCAAGACACUUCAAGGAAGCCGCUUCGUUCUCCGCGGAAAUCAAGCAAUGCCAAGAAGCUGUAGAGACGCUGAACGCGUCGCUCGACGCAUGCACGGCGGAAAUCAGGCAGAGCCAGCAGAGUCUCGACGCCUUGGAGCCUGAACUGCGUCUCCUGCGGAGUGCACAACUCGAGCACUACAGACACAAUCAAGCAGCGCAGAAGAAACUGCUUCGUCAGCAGUUGAGGCUUCUGGAGAAGAUGCGAGUUCUUUGCCCCUCCGAACGCGAUACACUGUACCUGGAGACACUGGACGAGGAAAGCGCGGUGUAUCGCCACCUACUCGAGAUGCUCGACAACAAGACGAGCUCGGCUGUCCAGGACGGGAAGGAGAACGGGGAAGGCGACGCGGAAGGAGAUGGCAAUCUGCCUGAAGCGGAGAGACACGGAGAAAGUGACGUCCAGCACGAGGCGUCUUUGGGCGAAGAGGACAGAGACAACGUCGCAGACGAGUCCUUUUUCGACGCGUUCUUCUCAGAUGAAGACGUGUCGACUUCGGAAGACCGCGUCACAGGAUCGCAGUCGCCUGCCGAGAAGCGGGACAAAGAGGAGACAUCUGUCGCUCCGCUCCGCGACUCCUUCCCGGCGGGUUGUCGCCCGACGCCACACAGUCCCCGCCGGGGGCCGCGCGACCCUGAGCGAAGCAGUGUGUCCAGUGUCUCUCCUUCGUCUGCGCCUGCGUCUGUUCCCGACAGUCUAGACUGCCCCGCCCUGCUCGGAAGCGAGACGCAAGAGGGACUUCAAAGAGAGGCGGGCGGAGCGAACGAGUUGAAGGAGGGUGAUCUGCCGCCUCUGUGCCGGGGCGAGGAAAGGACGGGAAGCGCCGCGGUGGCCCCCAGCGCGAGCGAAGAAGAGAGAACAGGAGACGAGAGGCGGCUCGUAGAGGCCACGGGUUCUCCGCGGUCUUCACGGGGAGUCACUGGAGACGCUGAGGGGAAGCGCGUGGACGCGGAAGCAGCCGAGCCGCGAGAAGAGCAAAGGACGGUGCUUGGGAGCAAUUCCGGAGAAGACAGAGAGACGGGAGAGAACGACAGACCGGCUUCGACCUGUCGUGGUGACUCUGGAGGAGUCCCGCAACAAAGCGAACCGCAUGCGUCCCGCCUGCGCCGGCUGCUGAUUGAGGAGCGUCAACAAAGCGAUCAGCUGAUGCGGCAGCAAGACUUACUCUGUCUCCUUCAGGAGCAACUUCUGCAGGAGGAAGAGCACGGCGCAUGCGACGAUUCUUCCCUCGAACCUGCGCUCCGAGAGCAAAUCCGCAAUGUGCGAGCGGCCAUGGACGAGACCGGCCGCCAAAUCGAUAAGUUGCGCGAGGAGCGCAAGCGCCUCCAGGACCCGUCUGCGGUGUAUAGACACCACGUGCAGGCUGGCGAAGAGGACCAGGCGCCGUCGCUCUAUCGACAUUCCGCUCCCUCGGACGAGAGUGGAGAUGCGGUCUUGCCCGACAGCGGCACGCACCAGAGCUCCUUCUCGUUUAUCUCGUCUGCUUCCCCCGAUAGGGGGAAAGUGGAAUCGGCGGAAGAAAAUGAGCAGGCGUUGACGCGACGUGUCGGCUCCGGCGAGAGUUUGCCCGGGCAGAAAGGCAGCAAAGAGGCCGUGGCCCCGGCGGCGGGAGGCGCGCUGUUUGCCGGCAUGCAGUUCAAAAGAAGAGAAGCGAGAGGGGGAGGAAAAAGAGAAGAGAAGGAUGUCGAUGCCGAGACGACGCACAGCGCAGAGGGCGAGACGCAGAAGGACGAGACGAGAGGCGGGGCCGCGAACGCGGACUGCGAGGCCGGACCAGGCAGCGCGGAGGAAAGCUGCCGACAGAUCGACAACAUCACCGGCCGAGACAACGAGGACGCACAGGCAGACAGUGGAGCGGCCGAGGCAAUGCAGACGGUCCGAAACUGUGGAGAGUACAGUGAGACAACAGACAAUGACAGAGACCGCUUGACGGAGCACGCAGGGGUGAUUUCCACGGAUUCGCACGGUGCAUCUUCCAACGGUGAUUCGCCUGUUUUUCAGCACACAGAUUAA